GCCUGGCUGCUCAUGCUAAAAUGGCGGUCAUAGUGGUGAUUUUUGGCCAUAUUUGAUUUGGUUUAAUUAACUCUCCUUGGCGCUACUGUGGACAUUCAUUGCUGUUUUCCGUUAUGAAUGAAUACGAGGAAGACACUUGGAUUACAGGUAAGCCACGUAAUCAACAUGAAAACUUUGCUAUAUUUGAAACUCAUAUUGGGGGAAGGUGGUAGGAAGUCCAUGCAAGGUGGGAGAGGACAGGAUGGAAAGUGGGAUUCUUAGGUGAAGGGAAUCAGGAGAAACUGGAGAGGGUCUUUGCAACAUUGCACAAUAUUUUGUAUUGGAAAAAAAUGUGUGAUCUACCCAGGAAGGAGAAGGAACUUUGAGUAAAAGAUAUUGCAUCAUGGAAGGCAGAUAUCCCUGGCAAAGUCUCUUACGUCAAGCACCUCCUAAGUUGUUCUCAAUUUCCUGAAUGCAGUAGGGAUGUUAUUCAUAUGUUAGAGAAAUACUUCAAGGCAUAUGCACCAGACAUGCCUCCAAAUCCUGGACUUUAUCUCUCAGCUUUUCUUGACGAUGUUAUCGACUUGUACAUAUUUCAUGGCAAAGGAUCAGGAACGAAACCAUUGUCUGCCAUCCAGGAGCUUCAGCUCUUAGAAGUUAUAUGUUCUUGCUUUCAAGAUCAACCAUCUGACAUUGUAAGAUGUGGUGUGUUUUAUAUACUGUUUGGAAUAUCAGGUCAAGACAUCAAAGAUGGAAAGGUUGACAGGAAAGUUGAAAUUCUCACAAAGCUUGUCUCUAUGGCUGUGGCAUUGCAGUGUGACCAUUUGUUAGAAUCCAUGGCCAUCUGGAUGCAGAGACAUCAUCACAGACCUGGUGUAGUGUUGAAGGUGACGUCAUCCAUAGUGGAAGACUACACAUGCCUUGUACCCGCUUCACUGCCAUUCCUUCAGACUCUUGCUUCUCACUCACCGCUGAUGGCUUGCCAGCUAAUGAUUGCUCUCAUUAGUUUGUAUCCAGUUGUCACUAUCGGCAAACAACAAGAUGAAAGAUCAUCAGCUGCGAUCUCAAAUCAACCUCCUUUGUCUCUUCUCAAAGUUGUGGCUUCCUGGGUCGGCAAAAAUCCUGAUCUGUGUUUACUAACUUGCCCCACUAGUCUAUUAACAGCAGGAUGUCUGCGUGGAUCAUUAGCCCCAGCAGAACCUACCCCUCUCCCUCUUGGUCCAAUAUUGGGCCUGCUACGGUGGGUAGUGCUAAUGCCACUAGCUUGUGACAGCGCCAUAUGUGACAGACACUCAUACCAUGAAUCUAGACUUUUAUACUCGCAACUUCACCUAGCAAUAAUUGAGGCUUUUUUACUGGCUGGCAAAGAUAAAGAGGAUCCACAAGAAGAAAUGGAACUGGAGCCAGGAGAAGUCAUGGAUGAAUCAGACAGCCGUCAUCUUAUCAAAGGAACAGAUUUGAAAGAACUGACACAAGACAUGUCAAAGUUAAUUGACAGGUUAAAAACUGCAGAGUUUAACCACAGCAUUAUUGAUCAACAAGUUCAACUGUCAAUGGAUAGAUUUGCACAAACUUUGCAAGUUGCUAUAGCAACAGGAUGUCUUUCCUCUUCAAAAGAUGAACUCGUAUCUAUGUGCAAACUUCUGCCAGCAAACAGACUGUUGUCCACAGUGAUAGAAAGCCUGGAUAUCCAUCAUUAAUCCAGUUAACCACACUCAAAAAAGCAGCAUAUUGUGUACUCACAUUGCCCUGGACCAGUAGAUUGUGUUUUGAAAAGAUUAUCUUGAGACACCUUUUAUUUAGAGUUUCCUAACUAAAUAUCCUAUUGUGAAUUUGGGACCAUGAGCUAUAAUAUAGGUAGGUACUGUUCUCUUCUCCUCUCAAUUGAGCAGUGUGUUUUUUAUUUUAGCAAAGUUGAACUUUAAGUGUCAGGACUAUUUCUGUGUCAGAAAUAUUUGGCAGUCAUACAUGUUGUUGGAAAAAUGGCAAGGAAAUACAUUCCACAAUCUCAGCAAGUGACAGGAAAUUAUUAGGUUGUCUCUGUGUUCAAACGCCAUGAAUGUCUAAGCUCAAGUUCACAAUAAACAUCUUGAUGACCAUAA